AUGGAUCCAGAGCUCUAUGAUCAGACCACUACCAAACUGGAACCCAGUGACACCAGCAGACAUCUAUCAGACACCCUGAACCUCCUCAUAUCCACCAUGGAGAACACCUCUACCUCCACCAGGUCAGACACCCUGAACCUCCUCAUGUCCUCCAUGGAGAACACCUCUACCUCCACCAGGUCAGACACCCUGAACCUCCUCAUGUCCUCCAUGGAGAACACCUCUACCUCCACCAGGUCAGACACCCUGAACCUCCUCAUGUCCUCCAUGGAGAACACCUCUACCUCCACCAGGUCAGACACCCUGAACCUCCUCAUGUCCUCCAUGGAGAACACCUCUACCUCCACCAGGUCAGAUACCCUGAACCUCCUCAUGUCCUCCAUGGAGAACACCUCUACCUCCACCAGGUCAGAUACCCUGAACCUCCUCAUGUCCACCAUGGAGAACACCUCUACCUCCACCAGGUCAGACACCCUGAACCUCCUCAUGUCCUCCAUGGAGAACACCUCUACCUCCACCAGGUCAGAAACACAGACAGCCUACAUACCAACACACUCUGAUCAAUACCUGAUAAUCAAACUUAAUGGAUAA